AACACGUCAUGGUGUUACACGUUGGGACUUGGAUGAAAACAAACGGGACCCUGUAUCGCCUGUCUGCUGUAGUUAUCGCGUGACGUUCAGACGUGAACAUCGCCCAUACUGCUAUGCUAUCCCUGUAGCAUACCAUGCAUUUAUUUUAUCUCUGUGUCGUCCUCUCAUGUAGUGCUUCGGUCCAGUGCACAAGCGACACUUCGACGAGGGAACUUCCCGACUGCUCCAAGGCCCCGAAAUCAGACGACACUGCCCAGGCAAAGACGUUCCGGGAGCUGUUUAUUGUGGGCACGCUCGAUGGCCGGAUCUCUGCUCUAGACCCCAGGGAGCAUGGCAAUGUUGUGUGGUCACACGAAACCGGGCCGGGUCCCCUCCUGUCGUCGAGUCUCAGUCGGCUGGAGAUGCGUAAUCGAGGCCAGAGGGUGCGGCUGAUACCGUCCCUAGAUGGGUCCCUGUACAAGUUCAACGGAGAGACUGUGGAACCCCUGCCACUGACUGCGGACUUCCUGCUCAAGAGCUCCUUCAAGCUUGGUGACGACCUGGUCAUCACUGGCGGCAAGGAGGCUCGCUCUUACGGAAUCAACCUGCACACGGGACAGCUGCGAUACGUGUGCACGAUGAGCGGCUGCAACCAGACGAAGGACGAAGAAGACUACGGAGCGGAGGACGUCCUGGUGGUCAAGCGGGACACCCAAACGGUCAGGGCUGUGGAACCACGGAGUGGCCAAGAAAGGUGGAACUUCAGUGUGGGUGAAAACCAGCUGUCGAUGCUGAAGGGCCUGAUGCCGAGCUGCAUGGGAAGCGGCAGCGGGACUGCUCCCUACUCCUCAGAGGAAUCUGGGAACUGCUCGAGCGAGGGCGGCUGCGACAAGCAGGACCUGAUUCGGGUCGGGGUCCCCGAAGGCGUCAUCCGUUCGGCCGGCACCACCGAUGGUUUCAUGGAAUGGACUGUCGAGCUCCACAGUCCGGUUGUGAGUGCCUGGCACCUCCGGAAUGGAGAGCUGGAACCAGUGAACCUUUUUGAGCAAGGCCGCAUUCUUGGAGUUGGUGACCCCAAUCGCAGCAGCCAGGAAGAUCCACUCCUGUACUUGGGCAUGCACAAGAACCAGCUGUACGUGCAGCACAGCAGCAGCCUUCAGAAUCGGGUGAACAAGGGUGCCUCGCAGCUGGCCCUGGCCAGCUCUGGCACACUUCCACGCAUAGAAUGGAAGCCCUACUUAGCGUCGGCACCAAGCCGGACGCCCAUGAUCCACGUUGGCCGCACGGAGCCACCCCAUGCACUGAUUGAGGCUGCGUCUCCAGGGAAAGCACUCGUGCUCAAAGAAGAUGUUGUGGAGUAUCCUUUUGACAUGGGCUACUACCUGUACAAGGGGCCAGAGUUGGACAAUAUCUCUGGUGAGUCUCUGCUCUGUGAAGAGGAGGACUCGGCUGAAACCCUGGAUCAAUACAUCAUUGUUUCCUUUUGGUACUGGUGGAAGGAGGUUCUCGGCAUCAGUAUUGCAACAUCUCUCCUGGUCAACAUUCUCAUUACACGGCAUGUUCUACGUCGAUGGAAGCUUAGGAUUUUGCAGGAGUCCUCCUCAUCCAAGGAAGCAAAGCCACCCCCGGAAGCCCUGCCCACGAGCAUCCCUCCUAUUGAACCUCUAGCCGAGCAAGUGGGAGUCGCAGCUCUCCACAACCUUCCCAAGUACACUUCAAGAUACCUUGCUGAUUUUGAGCCAGUUCGGUGCCUUGGGAAAGGUGGCUUUGGUCUUGUCCUUGAAUCAAGGAACAAACUUGACGACUGCACUUACGCUGUGAAGCGAAUUUGCCUGCCAAACAACCCAGAAGCCCGGGACAAAGUGAUGCGUGAGGCCAAGGCCUUGGCCAAACUUGAUCAUGCAGGGAUUGUGCGCUACUACAAUGCUUGGCUCGAAAGCCCACCCCCAGGCUGGCAGGAGCACCAGGACGACGUCUGGCGCGGAAGCUUCGACUUGUGUGCCUCGAGCGUGUACUCGGAAUCGGAAAAGACAGCCACUUCGGCAGCGAGGCAGUUGCCAUCGCCCACCCAGCCGUUCAACCCCCUGCGUCCUUUCGACGUGGCAUUCAGUGAUCACUUCCUGUCGCAUGACUCAACGUCCAGCGGGAUCACCGCGGACCGUCUCCUGUCCUCGUUCACCACAGAUAGCUUGCCCUUCGGCCCCUAUGCUGCUACGGAAGGCGAGGACUCUUUCAUCAAGUUCGAGCAUUCGCAAAGUGCCAGGGAGGAGUCCGAGGAGAAGAAGCAGCCCGUGGUGCCCAAGGAACGGCCAAACAGCCUCUGUUUGGACGAAAAUCGCUGUGUCAAGGUGUACCUCUACAUUCAGAUGCAGCUGUGCAAGAAGGAGAGCCUGAAAGAGUGGCUGAAUGCCCAUGCCAGCAACCGGGACUAUGGGCAGGUUCUGGACAUCUUUUACCAAAUAGUUGGUGCAGUCGAGUACAUCCACGACAACGGCCUCAUCCACCGAGACCUCAAACCAUCCAACAUUUUUUUCGCCAUGGACGAUUCAGUGAAGGUAGGCGACUUUGGACUGGUGACGGCAUUGACAGGAGGCUCCGUGGUGGCAACUCCGUCCGAGCCGACGACAGAGUCACUUACUAGCGAGUCUGGGCGGCUCACUGACCAAGUGGGCACGCAACUGUACAUGAGCCCAGAACAGAUUGAUGGCCUCAAGUACAACCAGUCAGUGGACGUCUUUUCACUGGGCCUCAUCUUUUUUGAACUCCUAUGGCCCUUUUCCACCCAGAUGGAGAGGAUUCAGGACCUCAUGAACGCCAAGCGGCUCAAGUUCCCAGACAAGUUCAGGAAGACUUAUCCAUCUGAGAAAACAGCAGGUCGAGAAUUCACCGGUUUCAGUCGCACUCACUCUCGUUUCCAUGGUCAUGUGGCAUUCAAGAUAUGUGUACCAAGUAUAUUCAAAGCCGUGGAUUAUCCAAGACACGUAUUCAAUAUUAAAAAUAGAAAAGAAUAUGAACACCAUUUCUUGUGGCCUCCGGAAAGCUACAAAUAAGUUGAUCGAAAAAGAAUGCUGCAACGCAGGCUGGACGACGCGAUGGCAGUGCAUGAUGGACCAACAUUGCAACGGACGUGGGGCCGCUCCUUGGGAACUGUCGUUUGUGGUAUGGGCCAAUCGAUCUUCAAGUGCAGAACACUGAGCGGAAGAGAUAUAAAUGCGAAAGAAUGGCGCGACAAAACAGUGCACGCAAGUUCGUUGUCGUUGUCUGCUUCAGAGGCCGGAGAAGCGGAGGAAGAAAGAAAAAUGCGGUCAGGUGUAGCCACAAGACUUCCGGUUAUGAGCGUCUGUGCUCGUGUUUCGAUUUCGAGCAGUUGAGUUUUUUGGCUUUACUAAAAAUAUACAUGACUCUGCAGCAAAUUAUUGAUUGGGUAGUCUCCUGACAACCAAAUUAAAUUGCCUGGCCAAAAAGGGCAGAGUUCUUGUAGCUUCUCUCACGUGUGGAACCAAGAACCGCGUGACAGUGCGGACCUGCAAAUCUGCGAGUGAAAAGGCGAUCGACUUUUUCGGUGUAGUAGGUUAUAGAGGAGUAGAAGCAACGAAGAGGAGGUUGGAGUACAGCUAACUAGCACAGCUGGGGGACAGGGAGAAAGUGAAGACAUUCUCUGCCCAAGUAUGGGGAUGCAGAACAAUGCCAAUUGGAAGUACUUUUUGUUCCUGAAUCACCCUAUUUGAGGUCAAAACUGCCUUGUGGUCCUCAAGCUUGCGAGGAAGUGGCAAUGGGGGGGUGCUUAUCUGGUGUCAAGCCGCGGGCCGCAUGAAACUGCCUCGCGGGCCGUGGGUUGCCGACCCCUGCAAUAGAGCAUCGCCUGUUUCAAGUUGAGCAAUACUUCGUGAUUUACGCUUUCUUUUUUUUUUAGCUAUCCCACAUAGUAAUUUUCUCGUUCAAACCUAAGUACACUAUUGAUGCGGCAUUUCAUCAAAUAAACCAAAUUUCGACAAACAAGAACCCGAACAUUCUUCAUUAUCGUGUUUGUUGCUUGCAUUGUUUUGGCUGCAAUGAGUUUGCUCGGCUGACUUUGACGCAGACUUGUUUUUUUUGUAUAUCGGUAGUAAAAAUAUUUUGCAUGCAGCUGAAUGGUGACGAAUCCAAGUCGCAACAUUCCUUUGCCAAUUGUAUCGAUGCGCUUUUAUACUAGGAUUUAUUUAAUGGCACCUAGCAGGCACAACUUACCAUAUAGGACAUUGCACAGUUUACAAACAAGCCCGCAUCAGUGUGGCACUGCAUGUGCGUAGAAGACAGAUUUGCACGAAGUGAAGGAAGAAUGCAUAUGCUGUGAUGACGACCGCGUCACUGUAGGGUGUGGGUCCCCAUUGUUUCGUGGACAACUUUUCAUGGACACAUGUUUUGUCGACACGAAUGUUUCAUCGACAUUCGUUGCACGAAUUGCACGCUGUAGCAGGGUGUCUACCAACUGGGAAAACUGGGAAUUCUCGGGGAUUUUGAAUAGUCUGGGAAAUCUCAGGGAAAACUCAGGGAAUUUGGGCUUCUAUCGGGGAAUUUUUUAUUUUUAUUUUUAAAAGGUGUUAGAGAUGGAUUCUUGCAGUCCAAAAUUCUUCAGAUAUCAAUGGAAUGGGCCAAACAAACAGUCGAGCCUGGUUAUAUCACACUCGUGUAUUUAGAAUUAUUGUUUAUAUAUGAAACAGUUCAAACAUCCCCUAGAAAAUCACAUUGUUCUUCUGUAUCGAACGCCCAUAACUCCCAUGGCGGGGACACUCGAUGUAGCAAACGAAGACGAAGCACGGCCGUCCUUCGCUUCUCCCUGGGUAGGAUUGUGCCGGCGGGAAGCACAUAGCUCGGGUUGCGUGGCUGGCAGACCGCCAAGCCAGCAUGCGCGCACGCGGGGAUACGCAGCAAAAAAGCAAUUGUAUAAAAAAUUAAAAAAACAACCAAUAAAAACAAAAAAAAA